GGGUCCCAGUGGAGCCCGCGCGUGGACGGGCGCGGCGUCGGGAGCUUUGCCGGCCAGGAGCGCGCAGUGCGUUUCCCCGGAAGGCUCUGCCCGCAUCACCGCUCCAUCCAUCACCUGUUGGCUAUCACAGCGACAGCCGCCCUUCUCAGUGGCGUGGCGUUUUAAGGACAGCCUGUUAAUGUCGUUUAUGGCCGGAGUCUGCCGCCGCUUCCUGCGCCCUCAGCUCCAAAUUUAAUAGUAUCUCAGGGGGAGAACGGUGGGGCGGGAAUCGGCCACCUUGGUAAAUUCUCGGAGAGCAGUGUGUCACUCAGCAAAACGUGUCACUCCGUUUUAACAGCCCCUCGCCCUUUGCAUUCAGAACAUUCUGUGCCUACAGUUGCCAUAUUGCACUGAUUGGGAAGGAAGAAGAAAUAUACUUGAACAAGUGCCUCCAAACGUGACCCCUGUUUCCGUCCACAGGGUUUCUGCUUCCUAACCUGGCUGUGAUUAUUGUGAUGGAACAAGGAAAAGAACUGUUGGUGGCAGAGUCUAAAGGGUUCACCAAGAGGGAGAAUGUGAAAGUCCUCUUUUCAGGAGACAAAAGUAGAAAUAAUAUGGGAACUGCACAACACAGUGAUCCUGAGGCAGAGAAACUCUGUCUUAGAGUUUCCAAGUGGUCUAAACGACAUGGACCACAGAAUAUUAAGAAUGAGGAUAUGAAAGAAACACUACUGGCAUGGUCCCAAGAAGAGGAGAUUUGGUGUCAUGAUUCCUGUGAGAAUGAUGGCAAGUCACAGUGUUGGGAAAAUACUAGAGGAAAAGAGAAAAAAUUUGACCACCAGGAAUGGGACCCAGGAGAACAUAAUAGUGUCUCUGUCCAGUGGAAUUCGUCCUCGGGAGAGAAACCCUACAAAUGUUUGGAAUGUUGGAAAAGCUUCAGUAAUAGUUCUCAUUUGCGUACUCACCAGAGGACCCACUCAGGAGAAAAGCCUUAUAAGUGCUCUGAGUGUGAGAAAUGCUUCUGCAAUAGUUCUCACCUGAUCCAGCAUCUGAGAACACACACAGGGGAGAAGCCCUACCAGUGUGGCGAGUGUGGGAAAAGCUUCAGCAACACCUCGCAUCUUAUUAUCCACGAGAGGACACACACGGGGGAGAAGCCCUACCAAUGUCCCGAGUGUGGGAAGAGUUUCAGUAGCAGCUCGCAUCUCAUUCAGCACCACAGAUCGCACACGGGUGAGAAGCCAUAUGAGUGUCCCAUCUGUGGAAAAGGCUUCAGUCACAGCUACGUCCUAAUAGAACAUCAGAGGACUCACACUGGAGAAAAGCCCUACAAGUGUCCUGACUGUGGAAAGAGCUUCAGUCAGAGUUCCAGCCUGAUCCGCCACCAGCGGACACACACAGGUGAGAAGCCCUACAAAUGUCCUGAGUGUGGAAAAGGCUUUGGUUGUAAUUCUACUCUAAUUAAGCAUCAGAGAAUCCAUACUGGAGAAAAACCCUAUACCUGUCCGGAAUGUGGCAAGAAUUUUAGUCGAAGCUCAAACCUUACAGCACACCAGAAGACGCACACAGGAGAGACGUCCUGUGGCAGUUCUGAAUGGGAAGAAAGUUUGCCUCCGGACUGCAGUGUGGUAGAAGAAUGCAGAGUCCAGCCGGGAGAGAAGCCAUAUAAAUGCUGUGAGUGUGGGAAGAGUUUCAGCCUUAGCUCCCACCUCAUCAGACAUCAGAGAACACACACAGGGGAGAAGCCGUACAGAUGUUCCGAGUGCUGGAAGACUUUCAGUCAGAGUUCCACCCUGGUGAUCCACCAAAGGACUCACACAGGAGAGAAACCUUAUAAAUGUCCUGAUUGUGGCGAGUGCUUCAGUCAAAGCUUUAACCUCAUCAGGCACCGAAGGACCCAUAUAGGAGAAAAACCUUACAAAUGUCCCGACUGUGAGAAAUGCUUCAGCAGAAGUGCCUACCUCAGUCAGCAUCGGAAAAUUCACGUGGAAAAGUCUCUUGAGUCUCCUGAUGUGGGGAGUUUCCUUCAUGAGUGGACGUGGAAAAGCUGUUCAGGGAAAAUGGCCCUCCUCCCCUCAUUUUCAGUCUCAAAUUCAUCUUCUGCUUGAGCCCCACAGGCGUUUUGGGGUCUGCCCCACCCUUAUUAGACCAUUACAAGGAAGGCAUUUGUGAUCAUUGUGCUUUAAAGUUUAUUCUGCGUGUUUGCCAAAAAGCCCAGAAAAAGUCAGCCUCCCAGUUUAAAGGAGGGAACACCCAGAUCCACUGGCUACCAGAUGACUGAAGAGGCCACUGAUGACUGAGGAGAAACUUUUGAAAUGUAAAGUGGGGUAGGAAUGGCUUCAGAGGGAAAUGGAGAGUAACCCUGGGAGUGGGCCCAAGGACCUGAUGCUAGGAUUGCCAUUGACUCACCUCGUUUCCUCUUGCCUUACUGAGUGCACAUAGAACUUUACUGUUCUCAAGAGUUUACCCAGAGAAGGUCCUUUUGAACAAAUAAUGCCAU